AGUGUCCCGUCCAGUCGCGGGCCGCUCCGUGUCAGUCACCGUUGACUCCGUUUCUCCGCGUGUCGGUAGUCGGUUACCGUCGCGCGUGCGCGCGCGAGCAAGCUCGAGAAAGGAGAGGGGGGGGGAGGGCAGUCGUCGACGGUGUGCGUAGUGCGUACGUGAGGGAUUGUCGUUCGUUCUCGGUCUCUCCGUGUUGCGCCGUCGGGGCCAAAAAUAGACAAAUAGGCGACGAGCGCGUCGUCGUCUCCGUCGUAGGUGCCCGGUGGUUCUCCUCGCGCGCGUUUUUUUCCAGGAUGCCCCCGCGCCACUGAGAAUAAUAUCGCUUGACGAGCGAGCGAGCGAGCGAUCGCGCCACCCUGACCGUCGUCCCCCGGGUGGAGGAAGAGAUGGAGGUGCUCAAGACGUCCCAGGAGAUCGUCCACGAAGGCUGGCUCAUCAAAUCGCCGCCCACGAAGCUCUGGAGAGCGCGAUGGAGAAAACGAUGGUUUGCCCUUCGUCACAGCGGCGAGCUGCCUGGUCAAUACUUUCUGGAGUAUUACACGGACAGACGCUGCCGUAAACUCAAGGGCCGUAUCGAUCUGGACCAGUGCGAACAGGUGGACGCAGGUCUUCGAUUCGAAAAUCGUAAACAGAAGUAUCAGUACAUGUUUAACGUGAAGACGCCAAAGCGGAUCUAUUAUUUGGUUGCUGAGAACGAAGUGGAUAUGAACAAAUGGGUGGAUGCAGUGUGUCAAGUUUGCGGCUUGAAGGCAUACACUCAGGAUGAAGAGCAACAAAUGUUUCAAUACGAGUCUCAAGAAUCCCCGCCAACUUCGCCCACUAGCACGAUCUCCGGUCCCUACAUUCCUAUUAGCGAGUGCAUUUCUGGUCGUCGGCUCAACGAUACCAGUUCCCUGAAUUCAGCCCUUGGACAGGGACCCGAGCAUUACGACGCCCCGAGAAGAUUGGCGCCCUCCCCGCCGCGAUCACCCACGACGACGGACGCCGAGAGCGUCUUCACCGACGACGAAUGGACGACGUCUGUGACGAGCGCGAACUGGGACACGCUUCCCUCAACGGGUGAUUCACGGCAACCUCACGGCCCGGGCGACCACGAGAUCGGCUCAUGGAGCGUGAGAAAACGCUUCGGCAAGCUCAGGAUCGUCGAUUCCGCGGUGCCACCGGCCGUGGAGAAGUUACCAGCACCGCCCAGACCACCGAAACCGCCUCAUAUGUUACCCGAGAAUCCCGGUCACAAUUACCUGAAUCUAGACGGUGCCACCGAGAGCUCGAAACCGAGUACCCCGGCAACGCCGGCGCCGACGACGCCCGCUGCCGCCGCGACGACGGCUACGGGCGCCGUGACCGACGAGUCGUACGAUUUUCCCAGAUCUCAUCAACCGCAAGCGGCGCAAACGACUGUCGAGAGCCACACUGCGGCGGUCGAUCAGUCGUCGAAGCACUUCUAUUCGAACGCCGCGCCAAGCACCAUCAACGACGAGACGCAGAACGUGUUCCGCUAUGAUUUCCACGAGGACGAGCCGUCAAGUCCGCGCUCUGAAAACUCGACCACGGCGACGUAUUCGAAUCUACCGAGCCCGCUCGUGCGAGACGGUUGUUCGAGCGGUGUACCGACCACCAUGGCGCCGCCUCCGCCGAUGGUGUACAGAGAGUUGAAGCCAGGCAGAAAAACCAGCGACUCGAUGUCUGUCGUAAGCAACGAACCGUCACCGGGUCCGACAAUAGCGCUAUACGACGUGAGCUCCGCCGAACACUCUCCGGCCGAACCGCCGAGCAUCAACAGGAAGUUGAAGCCAUCAUUAAAUAAAUCGCCGGUGGAGGCGCCUCAUCUACAAUUAGCAUCUCCCCCUGGAAGAGGAAGAAUGCGGGCGGCACCCAGUCCAACGCCUCCGUCGCAUAUACAUUCGACACGUCACCAAUCGACGUCGGAUGAAGACAAUAACGCCUUCGAGGAUAAAGAGGAGAUAUACUAUUAUCAAGAUCGCAACACGUUUAUUCCGGCGUCCAAUCGCUUGGUGGUGCUGCAGUAUCUGGAUCUCGACUUGGAAGCGACAGAAAGCUUUAGUUCCGCGACGUUACCGCUCGCGCAGUCCCUCCCGAAUACGACAGUGUACAAAACCGUGGAUUUCGUGAAAACGGAGGCUUUUAAUCGCACUCGGCAGCGAGUGGAGGAGGAGAGAAAACUGUGCACGGACGAGUUAACGUAGAGAGCGAAUUUGUAUCAUACGUACCAUAGAUAGAUUUAUACGGAUAUUAAAUAGAUUAAAUAAUAUGUGUGGACUUUUGCUAUGUUAUGUAGAUGAAAGAGAGAAUUUUUCCUAUUUUAAGCACUAGGUUAGCAUGUUAGAAUAGUACUGUGCGAGAAAUGCCAAUGAAUUUGAACGAAAGAUCGCGGUAUCGACGCAGUACUUACAGAAAGACAGCGUCCACCGCUUUCACAGUAAAAGAUAUAUUGUUUUAUUCUUUACGUAGCGAUGGUUAGCUUCACAAAUUGGCUAUGCAGUUAGAAGAGGUGAUCGGAUAUCAAAGUAUUGUACAGCAAUAUAAAACGGACCAAAAAUGUAAUGUUAUAUAUAAAGGGAAGUGAACAGCGUGAUGUGAUGACAAACAGAAGUGUCUCGAUAUAGUCUCGUCAAGAAAUAUCUUCAAAGGGAAAUGGAUAAAUGAAGUACUAUUUAAAUCGUGAAGAUUCUUUUAACUCUCUUUGGGUACAAUUAUGGUUCUACAUAUUAAUUUGAUGUAGGGUCAAUGUGCGCGGGGCAUUUUCAUCAUCAACUAUGUGCAACGAAUAACUAAAUCUAUAGUAUUGUUCGUUUUAAGAUAUCCUACUUUUAGCGUUAGAUAUAAAAUGAUAUACAAUAUUUUUUUAUCACGUCACGCAGUGAAAUUUACAAUACCAAGGCGAUUAAAUCACAUUUACAAUACAUAUUACAGAAAUAAUUGAGUACACUGCAUUAAUAGUGAAAAUAAUAUCGGAUUUUACAUAUACAUAUUAUGUAAAUUCUUUUGCCAGGGUUUACGAUUAGCCUAAUAUAUUCAUACGUAAAUUGCCGCAUGCCUUGAUUCAAAUCUUGUAAAAAUUAUCUAGAAGAAAAUUGUAUUAAAAUUGUAUCGUCAUUUUACAAUUUACAUUUUAAUUAUUUUUUAAACAUUUACGAUUGAAUUCCGAUUACGAUUUUAGCACUUUACGACAUAUUCAUGGAAAUUGUUUUCUGUUAUAGAAAUAUAAUCGUCGUUGAGAGAUCAGAAUAUAAAGAUUUUAUAGUUAAUCUCUAAUCAUUUGUAAUUAUAA